AUGCACGCGACACGGGUUCUUCUCAAGCGAUCAGUGUGGAAGGGGCCGCACUUGGUACCCCUACCCAUUGUAUGGCCCAAGUCUUCUAGCGAUAAGGUGCCCCCUGUGCGAACACAGGCUCGAUCAGCCACGAUUCUGCCCAACUUUGUCGGUCUCAAGUUCGAGGUGCACAAUGGAAAGGAUUACCAUGAGGUGACCAUUACAGAAGAUAUGGUUGGACACAAGCUUGGCGAAUUCUCACCAACACGAAAGCCAAAUAUCUGGGACAAGAGGUAG